AUGCCAAAAGCUAUACCCAAAAUUGGUUCCCGUAAGAAUGUACGGAUUAAGAAUACACGGAGAAUACCAAAAGGAGUUAUUCAUGUUCAAGCAAGCUUCCAUAAUACCAUUGUCACUGUUACAGAUGUAAGAGGACGUGUGUUUUCUUGGUCCUCUGCCGGGACUUGUGGAUUCAAAGGUACGAGAAGAGGCACACCCUUUGCUGCUCAAACCGCAACAGCAAAUGCUAUUCGUACGGCAGUAGAGCAAGGUAUGCAACGAGCAGAAGUCAUGAUAAAGGGGCCCGGUCUCGGAAGGGACGCAGCGCUACGAGCUAUUCGUAGAAGUGGUAUAUUAUUAACUUUCGUACGAGAUGUAACCCCUAUGCCACAUAAUGGCUGUAGACCUCCAAAAAAAAGACGUGUGUAG